UGCUAAGAAAGAAGAUCGAGAUGAGUCUUCUGGCAGCCCCCAGAUACAGGAACUCGGGAGACUUGCGCCAGAUGAAAACAUGAAGAAAGAGGGGAAGGAAUCAAAUUUUCGUAGAAGCCAAAACCGAGAGAGAUGGUGCUGUGGGAGAUCACAUUGGGAACCGCUUACUUCUUGGGACUGAAACGCACUUACAAGCUCGUUUUGAAGAUUCAGCGUCGUCUAAUUAGCCCUAGGCAUGUUAGGCUCCGACAAUUUGUUUACAGGCGAACGCGUGCUGUUUUUGACAUAGCACUAAAGGUUCACCGCAACAUACAAGAAAGAGAUAUAGAAGUUGGUAGGAAUGUGGGAAACUGGAUCCUUAGGUGGCUUGAUAGGAUGAAACCAUCAGCUAAUAUCCGUGGUGAUCCACCUCCGCCUCCCAGUGGUGGCAACGGCAACAUGACCAAGCAUGUGACAAACACCUCCUCCGGCAGGCAACCUCAGGGACCAGUCCAAAGAUCCAGUGGAGAAAAUGGAAAUCGGGGAAUUAAUGGACGAGUAUCUGCUUCAUCAAUGAACAUAAUAUGGCGAAAAUCUUUCCCUACUCUGGGAACGAUGAUGUUUCCAGCAAAACCAGUUGGCACCAAUGUCCAAUACAGGCACUUGUUCUUCUGUGGGCCUGAGAUGCAGAGUCAGAGAUUGAACUGUGCAAAAGGUAGUGGAUUUGAGGGAGUAAUCCGAAAAGAUAUACUGCAGUGGAUGCUGCCAAAUUGAUGGCAGAACGGAGCUUUAUUUGCAAGAGGUUUCCUUUUCCUUGUUUUGUGUAUUUUUCUUUUAUUAUUAUUAUCUUUUUUCCACUAGGAAUAAACUUUUAAAGUAGCUUUACAUUAAAUUUGGCAUUAAGGUUGUGAAGCAAAUAAAUAAAUAAAGAAAAGCUUUAUUGUAAAUUUGUAAAUUGAACAUUGGACUGGCAAUUGUGCUGAACUGCCUGGUCUGAUUGAUGAAUGAUGAUGGGUCGACCAACUCUCAGAAUUGGAGACUUCGGGGGCACAUUACAA